GUAACAUUUAAUUCAAAAUAAAUGGAUAAAAUAACAUAUUCAAUGAGACUUUUUUUUUCCUCUUGCUACAAUGCUUGAUUUCAAAUUGUGAAAGCAAAUUUUUUAGACUCACAUGUAUGGUAUAGAAUUUUAGACUAAAAUGAUAACAUUGGAUCAAGUUAAGAUCAUAGUAUCGUAAUCGUUAGUCGGAUUCUAAGAUUAUGAUAUAAAUCUUGAUUCACACGCAUAUAAAAUAUUUUAACAAAAAAUAUCCAAUGAUUUGAAGAGGAUGGGAUCUAAUAUGAAACCAAAAGAAAAUAUAUCUAAUUAUUGGAACUUGAAUGAAUGCACCCACCUUCGUUGAUGACGAAAACAAGACACGAGUCAAAGUGACACCUAUCCAUUCUCUCUUCGUGUCAGCCGACUUUUCUCUCUCACCGGAUCCGUCCAAACUACAUGACGAACGCAGUGACACCAUCGUCCCUCACCGUCGAUGGGCCCAACCACCUACGCGUCACCUCCUCAUUCGCACAAUCCACCCCUCGCACACUUUUUGUUGUUUUACAGUUUGCACAGAAAGCGAAAGAAAUUCAGGGCUGCGGUCAAUACUCAGUUUCUCAAUACCCCAGGAACAACCUCGAAUCAAAGCCUUCUUAUCCAAGCAACUCUCUCUCUCUCUCUCUCUCUCUCUCUCUCUCUCUCUCAUGCUCGUUCCACGAAGCCACGUUUUCAAGUUGUUCCAGAUUCAAUCCUCCACGUGCUCCCCUCCGUGUUUAUAUAUAUCUCUCUCGGUUGUUAAUCAUAUUGCUGCUGAAGAAGAAGAAGGAGAACCAGAACCAGAACCAGAAGCAGGAGAUUUGAAGAAAAAAGGAAGACCAAUUGAGGUUUAGAAGAAGUGAUUACUGUUUACUGAUAAAUCAUUCUGUGAAAGAUCUCGUGAGAGAAUGACUUGCGAUAAUUUGGAGUUGCCACCGGGGUUCAGAUUCCAUCCGACGGACGACGAACUGGUUAUGCAUUACCUAUGUCGAAAAUGCGCAUCUCAACCGAUUUAUGUUCCGAUUAUAGCAGAGAUUGAUCUGUAUAAGUUCGAUCCAUGGCAGCUUCCUGAUAUGGCUUUGUAUGGAGAAAAGGAGUGGUACUUCUUCUCACCUAGAGACAGGAAAUAUCCCAACGGAUCACGUCCCAAUAGAGCCGCCGGAACUGGUUAUUGGAAGGCCACCGGAGCCGAUAAACCAAUCGGAAAACCGAAGCCGGUUGGGAUCAAGAAAGCGUUGGUGUUCUACGCCGGAAAAGCUCCCAGAGGCGUGAAAACCAAUUGGAUAAUGCACGAAUAUCGUCUCGCCAACGUCGAUCGCUCCGCCGGAAAACGAAACAACAAUCUCAGGUUAGAUGAUUGGGUACUAUGUCGAAUCUACAACAAGAAAGGUACUCUCGAAAAGCACUAUGUGAACGAUAAUCAAUUUUCCGACAUGGAAGUGGAAACGAAGCCCAAAAUUACACCGUAUACCCCUACUCCACCACCGCUACAACCACCGUCGACAACCGUACUCCAUCACGUAACGAACGACGUAUUUCACUUUGACACAUCCGAAUCGAUUCCAACUUUACAUACGGAUUCAAGCCCUGAACACGAAAGGGAGGUAGAAAGUGACCCAAAAAGAAGAAAUGAUUUCCAAUUCAAUUACAUAGACCCGUUUCAAGAUGACGCUUUUACCCCUACACCAUCGCAAUAUUACAAUGACUAUCAACUCUCCCCUUUACAAGACAUGUUCAUGUACACACCCAAGCCCUUCCAGAUGUGAGAAGAGUUGAUGAGUUCACCAUGUGCACUUGAUGACAGUAUUUUGUACUGUUGUUUAAGCGUAAAGUACAUAUCGAGAAAGUUGGGCAAAAGAUGAAGAUUCUAUGUAUGUAUGUAUAUCAAGUGGAAAUGGCCCAUUCUUGAAUUGGGAUAAGACAAGUUGAAGGGUAUAAUGGGUACAAUUUUGUGUGGGCAAAUGGAGCAAGUUGUUGGAAGCACAAAUGGUUGAUUUAGGGGGGGACACCUAAUGGGUAGAGUAGUAGUAGAAUGGGCAAAUUGCCAUAGAUACAAGAAUUCUUGGUCGUGGCUUAGUUUUGCCCAAAUGUAGAACACAUUCAUUUCCUUAUUAGACUUGUAAUUUGAUGAAAAAGGGAAUGAAAUAUAAUGUUAAAUGUGUUGGUUUUUACAACUUUAGGUUUAAUAUUUCAUGGUGUGUAGAUAUGGUGUAAAUGUGUUUUAAUUUUUCAGGUUUGAACAAUUUAUUAUCUUAUCAAUUUAGGCUGCGUGAUAACGAUAAAGAAAGG